GACAUCGAUUUUUAAGGGUAAGCUUUCAAACUUGCAGCAAAAGUUGAUAAAUUUUGCUUUCCAUUCGCAAAAAACGAUGACCGCCCAAAGGAACAGAAAAGGAUAUAUCUUCGAUCUCCAGCUUCUUUCCAACAAUUAACCCUUCAAUUUACUUCACAGAAAUCCAGGAUAAGGGAAAAGUCUUUGCUUAAUUUCAUCUGGGUAUUUAGUUUCUUAAGUUAAAAACUUAUUAGUGAAUUUGAGAAGAUGAGUGGUGCUCCAAAGAGAUCUCAUGAAGAAGUUGGUGGUGGGCAUUCUUCUUCUGCUUCUAAAUACCCACACGAGGAUCCUGGUACUUACCCUAAGAUACCUUCGUCUUUGAUUUCGACUGAGUACCAUCAUCCUGUCCCUUAUGAAAUGGGUCAGGAUGCUAGAAUGGCUAGAAUUCCGAGAGCGGAGCCUCGUGAUUCUGAUAGAAGGUCACCUUUGCUGCAUUCUAUGUAUAGAAUGCCUUCGUCUACUGUUUCGAAUGAUUCGCAUUUGGACUCUCAUCAGGGUGGUUCUGAGAGUAGGAUGGAGUUGCGGGAUUCCAAGGAAAAUCGGGAGGCCAGGGUUGAGAGUCGGGAGCCAAGGGUGGAAGCGAGGGAGUUUUACGGUGAGGCUGUGAAGAGGGAGUAUCAAAGUGGGAAAGGUGAAAAGGAUGGUAGGUUUGAAAAUAGAGGGGAUGAGAGUAAAGAAUUGAAAUGUGAUAGGGAGAUUCAUAGUGAUCCGAAGGGUGAUGUGAAGGUGGAAAAGGAUGUUUAUGGUGGGGCAAGCAGUCACUCAAGUUGGAAGGAUUCAAGGGAUUACCAUAGAGGAAAAAGAUAUUCAGAACCUCCCGGUGGAAACAUAGAUCCAUGGCAUAUCCAACGUGGUAAUUCACAAGGACCAGUUGAAGUUGGAAAGGAAGGCUCCGCUACUGAAGAAAGAGAUUAUGCAGAAGCUCAUGAGGCUGUCGGUGAGAACAAGUUUGAUUCAAAAGGUGAGGAUAGGUUUAAAGACAAGGAUCGAAAAAGAAAAGAUGGGAAACACCGAGAUUGGGGAGAUAGAGAUAAGGAAAGAAGUGAUCGUAGGAGCAGCAUACAAGUAGGUAAUAGCAGCGGUGAAGUCAAAGAAUCUGCAAGAGAGGAGAGAGAAUCAGAGAGAUGGGAGAGAGAAAGGAAGGAUUUGAAGGAAAAAGAAAGGCCAAAAGAGAGGGAAAAAGAUCAUAUCAAGAGAGAAUCAUUGAAUGGAGCGGAGAAAGAAGGAUCGAACAAUGAGAAAGAAUUGGGAGAUGGGUCUGUUAGAAUACAAGAGCAGGAAAAUCAGGCAUCUGAGCAGAAAAAGCAAAAAGAGAUGGAUAGUUGGAAAAAUGUUGAUAGAGAAGCUAGAGAUAGGAGAAGAGAAAGAGAUGGUGACACAGAAGGAGACAGACCUGAAAAGCGCAGCAGGUGCUAUGACAAAGAAUCUGAUGAUGGAUGUGCAGAUGGUGAAGGGGCUACAGAAAGGGAAAGGGAAGUUUUUAAUUAUGGAGUCCAGCAGCGUAAAAGGAUGCUUCGGCCAAGAGGCAGCCCCCAAUUGGUAAACCGCGAUGCUCGUUUUAGGCCCCGAGGUCAGGACAAUGAAGGAUCUCAGGGUAAACCUGAAGUGUCUUGUGUUGUUUAUAAAGUUGGUGAAUGUAUGCAAGAGCUAAUUAAGUUAUGGAAAGAAUUUGAAGCCUCUCAAGCUGAUAAAAAUGGUGAAAGCUCUCAAAAUGGCCCUACUCUUGAAAUUCGAAUACCCGCUGAGCAUGUUACUGCUACGAAUCGCCAGGUUAGAGGUGGCCAGCUAUGGGGGACUGAUAUUUACACAGAUGACUCUGAUCUUGUUGCUGUUCUUAUGCAUACUGGUUACUGCCGCCCUACUGCUUCACCACCUCCACCUGCUAUCCAAGAGUUGCGUGCUACCAUCCGUGUGCUGCCUCCACAAGAUUGCUACACAUCUAAACUUAGGAACAAUGUUCGUUCCCGUGCCUGGGGGGCUGGAAUCGGUUGUAGUUAUCGUGUUGAACGGUGCUGCAUUGUUAAGAAAGGAGGUGGAACCAUUGAUUUGGAGCCAUGCCUUACACAUUCAUCAACUGUGGAGCCUACCCUUGCUCCAGUAGCUGUAGAAAGGACGAUGACUACUAGGGCUGCAGCUUCAAAUGCCUUACGACAGCAAAGAUUUGUACGAGAAGUUACAAUACAAUACAAUCUAUGCAAUGAGCCUUGGAUUAAGUAUAGUAUCAGUAUAGUUGCUGACAAGGGUCUUAAGAAGCCCCUUUAUACAUCUGCUCGUUUGAAGAAGGGUGAAGUUCUGUACUUAGAGACACAUUCGUGCAGGUAUGAGCUAUGUUUUUCUGGAGAGAAAAUGGUAAAAGCUACACCAGCAUCUCAAGCGCAUGAAACAGAUAUGGAGAAGUCUCAAAAUCACCACUCACAUUCCUCAAAUGGUGAAAAGAAUGACUCUGAUAACAUUAUGAUAGACGUGUUCAGAUGGUCUCGCUGUAAGAAGCCCCUUCCCCAGAAAAUCAUGCGUUCAAUUGGAAUUCCUUUGCCACUGGAGCAUGUAGAGGUAUUGGAGGAGAACAUUGACUGGGAAGAUGUGCAGUGGUCACAAACAGGCGUUUGGAUAGCUGGAAAAGAGUACACACUUGCCCGGGUGCAUUUUCUGUCUUCAAAUUAGCUGUUAGUUUAAUGUUUGGUAUCACAUGUACAACCAUUUGUAAUGUUUUUAUUUAUUAAUGAAAAUGAAAGAUGUUAAAUAUAAUUUUUAAGUGUUAUAUUCAAGUCUUUGCUUCAAUUCAAUGAACCGUCAGAGGUCCAGCUCUGAAUGAGAUUUCUUGCUUUUUA